AGCUCAUCCAAAGGAUAUUGAAUUACAAGGCGCCUAGUUGGAGGGUUGAAGGUCAGGGAUUGAGCAUAUUAGUUCGUGCGACAUUCAGUCUUAGUUUUGGUCCUGAAUUUUUUUUAAAUAAACUAUGGCACGUGGUCAACAAAAAAUACAAAGUCAACAGAAAAAUGCUAAAAAACAAGCUGAUAUGAAAAAACCCGCGGUGGAUUCAAAAAAAGCUGCUGCUAAAGCACUACAUCAUACUUGUCCAGUGUGUAGAACACAAGUACCUGAUGUAAAAACUUAUAAACAACAUUUUGAAAAUAAACAUCCAAAAAAUCCAUUGCCACAAGAAUUACUUGAAGUUGUUUAGGUUAUUUCAGAAUGUGAAUCCAAAAAUGAGAAUAUUACGCAACAGCAGCUUAUUUUUAACAUUUCCUAUUACAAAUUGUAUUCAUUACUGUCUUCUUAUUUUAUAUGAUAAUGUAUUCAACAUAUUUCUAAUGAACUAAUUAAGAGUAUAUUUUGAUGUUGUUUUUGAACUGUAAAGUAUUAUUAUGUUUGUUUAUGUUAGCAACAGUUACACUUAAAUGGUGUUCAUAGAUCAUUGACUUCUUAGGGAUAGACCUCUUUGGAGAAAGUUCACUGAUCCAUUUAAAAUACACAAGUAACUUAGUUCUAUUUAGGUACUUCUCUGUCAAAGUGCUAUCUUUUGAUUGCUUCAAG